AAUUUGCAGGCUAAGGAAACUUCAGAAGUUCAGAAGCUGGAUAAUGAACCAAUUAACAAUGCAAACACUAAUCUGGAGUUAAUUAAUAUAUCCAGCAUGUCUACUUCACUGACUGCUGCUGAAUCGAGGAUGUCUGAACAGAAGAUGCUGGACCUGCCAGUGGAUCAAGUUGAAGAAGAUGAAGAUAUUCGGGAAGCAGAACUAGUUGUAUUUACUGACUGCUCACAUGGAUUAGGUCUCAAGAUCUGUGGAGGCUGCAGCCCUGAUGGAACGGAGUUGUUUGGCAUCUUUGUGAAGAGGAUUUUACCAGGAGGCCUGGCGGAGGUUGAUGGCAGUUUACAAGAAGGGGAUCAGCUGUUGACAGUGAAUGGAGAAAGUCUAGAGGGUGUCACUAAUGAUACAGCUCUAGCUGUUCUGAGACACGCCGCCGCGUCGAACCGAGUCGAAAUGAUAUUUACACGGGAUGAGCAAGCAAGAGAUGAAUACACACUGUAUUCGGAAAAGCACAGUGGUCGCAGUUCACUGAUUGCUGAUGCUUCCUUUGCUAAUGGUGCUGCAGGCGCAGAGGAGUUAUCAGGAAGUCAGAAAGAUUAUCCUGCACCCAGGGAACUUCCUAAAGAGCAGCCAAGUGAUUCCUAUGAGGCCUCCAUGAGCCGACUGAGUCUCGGGCAGGCAGCAGCCCGGAACAGCCCUGACAUCCUCACGUCCACCCCCUAUUUGUCUACAGAUCAUGGACUGGACGACAGCGACCUCUCCUCAAGUCCGGUCAGAAUCUCCUCGGCCACUACGCCCCCUCUUGAUUCCUCCUCUCCACGUAGCAUCGGCAACUCCCCCAGAGGAGGAGGGGGCAGAGUCUCCAGGAAGAUCUCCAUCGAUCCUCACUCCAAGGUCAAGGUCGAGAAGCUGGAAGUGACGCUGAGAUACCUCGGUCUGGAGCCGAGUGCGGAGGAGCAAGAGGAGCUGCACCAGCUGCUGGACAUCGACAACGAUGGCCAGGUGGAGUACGGAGCUUUUGUGAAGGCGGCAAAGCAGGUGUUUCAAGCCCACUUGAAGGGGCGCCGAGUUGCGUGGCCAGCGACACCAUCACAGGAUCAGUCAUGGGAGUAUGAAGAGGAGGAAGUGUUGGACCAGGAAAGCUUGUGGAAUGAGAGGAACCAGUUGAGGCUUGAAGUUCAAAAGCUGAGAGAAUUAGUUCGAGAAAAAGACAGAACCUGUUUCAGAAGAGAAGAGGAACUGCACAAGAUCCGUCGGGAGGCCCAGACUGCCAUCGAGGAGUGCCGGUCCCUCCGUAGCAAGCUCCACCUGGCGGAACAAGCCCAGCUGGCAGCACGCACUAUGGAAGAGGACUACGAGGAGGUGGUCGCGCUCCUGGAGAACGAGAUCGCACAGCUCCGGGUGCAGCUUGUCAAGACGGAUGGCGUGCCUGCAACAAACCCAAGCUCUGCCCAGAAGAAGCUGGCUGUGUUGGUGUGUCAGCUGAAGAAAGCCGAGGCGGGCAGGAAGACGUAUGAAGUCAGCACAGAGAAGCUACUGGAAUAUGUGGAGCAUGUCCAGGAGACAAUUACACAGCCAGCUACCGAUGGGAUACAAGCCAGCGAGAAUGAGAAGAACCAGAUGAACCAGACAAAGAGGAACAAGAAGCAAAAUCUCAAGGGUCUGGCUAAGGAGGGACAGGAGGUGGUGAAGAUGGUCAAAUCUCUCAUUGAGACUGUGCCUCUGCCGUAUGGAUGGGAAGAGGCCUACACUGGGGACGGGACCAAGUACUACAUCAACCAUACUAACCAGACAACAACUUGGACACAUCCUGUCUCCGGCGUCCAGCAUCAGACCGACUCCCUCCACAAGCCCCGGCCACCAGCAAUACACACAGACAAGGGAUAGGAACCCGUCACUCAGUUCUUCCAUCAGUUGUCUUCCGUCAAAUCUUCCACAAUGUGUGGUUUGUGUGAACUACCAACCCCAUACUGACAUAUAUAUCGCCAUGCUAUAUUUGUACCCAUGGAUCUUGAUCUUCCGUCCAUUGACGUUAGAUUUUAGCAAGGUUUGUUAUUUCACAGUGUGGUUGGAUGUCAGUUAUACCGUUCCUGGAAGUAGAAACGCUAAACUGACACAUUGUCGCAGUGAUGCGUCUACAGCAGUUGAACUUUGCUCAUGUCAAGUACAACAAAUAUUUUUAUUUUUGUUUUGAGCAGUAUUGAUAAUUAUAAAACACAGGGAACGCAUACAAUUCAAUUCUUUGUUCCAGUACUCAGGGGUGAGAAUCUUCCAUGGAUCAGUGUAUUUCCGCAAAUUUUAGUGAUCGCAGAUUUGUUAAAAACUGAUGGCUUCCCCCAUAAAACCCCCAAAUUAUGGACCAUGCUCCUUUGCAAAGAAGUUUCAGCUGAAAAUAAAAUAUCCAUUCUCAUCCCUGAGUUCUUUAGAUGCCUCAGCCUGUGACUACAAUAAAGUCAGCAUUCAAGACAGGCAGCUUCAGAGUACAUUUUUACAGUUGAAUUGAUGUGCACUUUACUUUGAUAUUAUCAUAAUUAUAAAUAUAUUUUGCAACAUUGUAAUGAAAUCUAUCUGAACUGCUCAGUGCCCCUACUGAUAAGCAUCUGGAAAAGAAAUAAGUGAAACAUGUCUCCUGCUAGUAAUAUUGACCCACUCAUACACUAUAAAACAUUAUAUAUCAGUUCCAUGUCCACUAUCAGUGAUUCAAGAUCCAGCUGCAGUUUCAUUCCCCCUAAAUUAUUGACAUAGCUGUUUAUUUAUUUAUUUUUUCAACCGACCUUUUUAGGAAAGCUGGAAUAAAUCUGUGAAACAAAAAAUUAAAAACGUGUGGCCUUUUGGAACCCUAAGAUAUUCUUCUGUACUAUUUACAUUGUAUUGAUAGCCAGUCAUUUUUUAUUGACAGACAAGUCUGUUCUUUUUAAGUCAUAAUGUUUAGCUUUAAGCCAUUGCCUUUGCGAAAUGAUUUUAUUGAAAUUCUGUUUCGUCAGACCAUGAUCCUUUGUUAAAUGGGUGUAUCUGCUGUGUGAGUCCCGCCCUUACUCAGUGCAAUAGAUCUCAGUCAGUGCCACCUCAAAUGUUGGCCAUUGACAUGGUUUUCCAUUACUUUUAUGACAUCACAUCACACAGGGCUCCAGAUAAUUUUUAAAUCCUUUGAUUAUUCACUCAUGGUAUCAUUCACAGGAAGUGAUUGUUUUCUUUGGGUAUUCAAUAUAUUUUUAACUCCCCUGGGUUCGGUCUAUUGGUUAUUUUUACACCACUGAGUAAAUCUCUUUUUCAAAAUAAUUCUGCAUAACAUGCUGUUACUUGACAGCGUGUGGUUUAUUCCCUGUAGUUGUGUUCUUGUAUGUGUGCUGCCUGAACAGAUCAGAAAAGAAAUACAUGUGACCAUGCUGAAAUACUUCAUUGAGUAAUUACAGUGUUAAAUGUCAGGGCGGGGGGUGACAUUUUUCAUGCCUAUUUGUACGCAAACCAUUCAAAAUUAAUUGGGUAGUGGUGAUUUUAUGCAAAUACGCAGCUUAUCUGGAGCUCUGCAUCACAUACAAUCAUUCAUAAGAUGGAGCCAUUCUUUAGCAAAUGUAUUUCUUCAAUUUGUUUUACAGGAGAGAUUAUUGGUGGAUCUCCAUUGACAAAUCUCGGGCUUGGCUUGUUUUCUUAAAUUUUAAUUAGUAUUACAAGAUUUAUAUUUGUUUUGAUAUAUUUUUAAAUUAAAGACACAUAGACCAUUGUCAGUGGCUCAUUUUGUGUCUUAUAAGGAUACCAUACCAUAAAUGUUGUAUUUUAAAAAUGUGUUGAAGUGUUGAUAUGCUAAUUAAGUGCUUAUUCAAAUGUCUUGAUGCAAGAGUUACGCAAAAUAGAAGCUAGUGUAUGUCAAGAUAUGUCUGUAAUUGUUUCUUUAUUGUCAAUUUUGUUUGAGUUUUUGUUUAAUGUAGGGGUUUCAAGAUGCAACCGUCUGUUGAUCAUGCUCAACUCACAAUAUGAAUCAUACUUUAUCUCCAACAUACACUUAACAAUUCUAGUUAACAGUAAUGGACCUCUGUGUUGAUAGAGAAUAAAAAAACUUUAUAAUUGAUAAUCUGACUCCAGAUUGAAAAUAGCUUUUAUGUUGUAACAGUUUUAGAGUUUUACAUGAAAUUGUAAAAAAACAACAUGCCUAUUCUGCCAGUCUUAUUUUGAUCCAAGAAAGGAAUGUGUGACAAUGUGAGUCCAUGUGAACAGGACACCCGUACAUCAAUGUUUUAUUCAAGUUGUAUAUUUGAUUGAACCGUAGCCCAGCUACUUGUGCCAUUAUGUUUCCUACUUUCUGAAUGUUCUCAGUAUCAGCUGUGGUACAUGUAGUUUUGUAGUCAAGGCCAGUAUCAAGGUUGAGUUUACGUGAUACGUUUGUCAUGAAAUGAAAUAUUGCUUUGGGAUUGUGUCGACUUGUGCUAGAGACUUACAAUACAGCAUGUUUCUUCGUUGUUGUCCUCUGUAUGUACAGCAUGUGGAUGUGUGCCAACACAAGGAUUAUGUGCAGUGAAUGGGUUUCAUCUCAACACUUUAUCAAGUGUUACUGAAUAGAAUCAGUGUAAGUUUAGCACUGCUAAUAUGAUUUUCCAUUUUUUCCCCAUUCAUAUUGAUUUUAUCAAAAUCUAUAACAAAUUAAAUUUGGUUGCUACUUAUUGAUAUACAUGUAGUAUCACGAUGUGUCGUUGACGUAAACCUGUUCUUCCAAGUCCAGUUUGAGAUUAUGUCGGAAUCUAAGUCACAAGAUUAUGUGUAUUUAUCAGGGUUUAUGAGUUCCCUCAAAUUACUUUCAACACUCUGAUUCUUGCUGAUAGGAUUCAUUAACUUGCAAGGAUUGUAUGAUACAAACUUUAACUUACAUGAUUACAUGUUGUCUAGUCUAAACAUGGUGCUCUUAACCUUAUAGAUUACAUCUUGUAAGUCUUGAAGGAUAAGUUUAGAUGUAUUGCGAUUCAUUUUGCCUGUGGUGUGGUGGUAUCAAUAGUAUUGCUCCCAGGAAAUGUAUUGUGUAUUGCGAUUCAUUUUGCCUUUGGUGUGGUGGUAUCAAUAGUAUUGCUCCCAGGAAAUGUAUUGUGUAUUGCGAUUCAUUUUGCCUGUGGUGUGGUGGUAUCAAUAGUAUUGCUCCCAGGAAAUGUAUUGUGUAUUGCGAUUCAUUUUGCCUGUGGUGUGGUGGUAUCAAUAGUAUUGCUCCCAGGAAAUGUAUUGUGUAUUGCGAUUCAUUUUGCCUUUGGUGUGGUGGUAUCAAUAGUAUUGCUCCCAGGAAAUGUAUUGUGUAUUGCGAUUCAUUUUGUCUGUGGUGUGGUGGUAUCAAUAGUAUUGCUCCCAGGAAAUGUAUUGUGUAUUGCGAUUCAUUUUUCCUGUGGUGUGGUGGUAUCAAUAGUAUUGCUCCCAGGAAAUGUAUUGUGUAUUGUGAUUCAUUUUGCCUGUGGUGUUGUGGUAUCAAUAGUAUUGCUCCCAGGAAAUGUAUUGUGUAUUGCGAUUCAUUUUGCCUGUGGUGUGGUGGUAUCAAUAGUAUUGCUCCCAGGAAAUGUAUUGUGUAUUGCGAUUCAUUUUGCCUGUGGUGUUGUGGUAUCAAUAGUAUUGCUCCCAGGAAAUGUAUUGUGUAUUGCGAUUUAUUUUGCCUGUGGUGUGGUGGUAUCAAUAGUAUUGCUCCCAGGAAAUGUAUUGUGUAUUGCGAUUCAUUUUGCCUGUGGUGUUGUGGUAUCAAUAGUAUUGCUCCCAGGAAAUGUAUUGUGUAUUGCGAUUCAUUUUGCCUGUGGUGUGGUGGUAUCAAUAGUAUUGCUCCCAGGAAAUGUAUUGUGUAUUGCGAUUCAUUUUGCCUGUGGUGUGGUGGUAUCAAUAGUAUUGCUCCCAGGAAAUAUAUUGUGUAUUGCGAUUCAUUUUGCCUGUGGUGUGGUGGUAUCAAUAGUAUUGCUCCCAGGAAAUGUAUUGUGUAUUGCGAUUCAUUUUGCCUGUGGUGUGGUGGUAUCAAUAGUAUUGCUCCCAGGAAAUGUAUUGUGUAUUGCGAUUCAUUUUGCCUGUGGUGUUGUGGUAUCAAUAGUAUUGCUCCCAGGAAAUGUAUUGUGUAUUGCGAUUCAUUUUGCCUGUGGUGUGGUGGUAUCAAUAGUAUUGCUCCCAGGAAAUGUAUUGUGUAUUGUGAUUCAUUUUGCCUGUGGUGUGGUUGUAUCAAUAGUAUUGCUCCCAGGAAAUGUAUUGUGUAUUGCGAUUCAUUUUGCCUGUGGUGUUGUGGUAUCGAUAGUAUUGCUCCCAGGAAAUGUAUUGUGCAUUGUGAUUCAUUUUGCCUGUGGUGUGGUUGUAUCAAUGGUAUUGCUCCCAGGAAAUGUAUUGUGUAUUGCGAUUUAUUUUGCCUGUGGUGUGGUAUGGGUAUUAUCGCUGACCCUGUAUCAUCACCAGGGCUCAAAUAGGGUGGUUUCCCAUGGAGGCACCACUAUAAGCACAAACACUGAGCAUAAAAUCAUUUUAUUUUUGUUUCAAUUAAACAAUUGAACAAAAUAAUUGUUUGAGAUCAUCUUCCGGGGAACCAGUUUUCUAUUCCUGUUCUGAUAUAUCUACAUACCCUGUAUCAUAUCUGUAUCCAUAUAUCAUUGAUGCUUCCAGUGUUAUGGUGCUCCAGUAAUGCUUGUAGGUGUGUCCUCAGAACUUUCCUUAAUGGAGAUAUCAUGAGAAAUCAGGGUUUAUAUAUAAUUUCUCUAUAUAUGACCUAUAGUUGUGUCAGUUUUACUUGUUUUAGAAUAUAUGUUCAAAAUGGCCAGUUAAUUCCUGGCUGAGCUGCAACAGCAACAGCGUGACGUCAUCAUAUUGGUUUAAUCUUGAAGUAGCACUUGUGAGUCUGAGAUUAAGAAUUGCCUUGGUGCAAAUUGAAAAGACAAUACUUUGUUGAAGGAAUAUAUUUUUCCUCAAAGGUGUAGGUUUUGUCUCCCCACUACUGACAGAGUAAUACCGAACUGUGUAGUUUCUCUUGUCUGUGGCACGGUCAGCUCAUACACUUGUAGUGAAGUAAGUGAGCCUGUGUGUUCAGUAUAAUGCAGAGGAUAUUCAAAUAAUCGCGAUUAUUGUUACUUGGGCUGAAUUAAACCAUGAAAUUUGAGUAAGUGGUAAGUUUGUUAUGAAUUGCUUUUUAAAAACUGCUAGGAGUGUAAUAUUGUUAGAGCAAAGAGAAGUCAGAAGCUACCUGUUGAGAAGGAUGUUCAUGAAGGUGCGAGGAUGUUUCACUCUGUUUGCAGUCCAAAAUCAAAUGUAAAAUUUUCACAUGCAUUGUCAAAACAUGUUGUAGUUAAGUUUUCUGGGGACACAAUUUUACUGUAGUAUUCUUUAGAGUCAUCAUAUUGUUAUUGAGGGAUAUUUGUCACAAUUUAAUGAAUUAUUAAGAUUAUGAUUUUUACUAUUUAUUACAGGACUUCUUUUAUGUUUUACUGAUAUGUCAUUUAUUUAGAUUUUUACUUACAAGGACACAAAAAUGGCUUUUUGUUGUCAUUAUUUAAUACCUUGAGUAGUGUGUCUGAUUGUUAAGAAACUCAAAUCAAUUCACGAUAUUGUCCUUUCAUUUAUGAAAACUGACGUUUGCACAGAAGGGUUUCUGUUUUACAAAAACUGCACAAAGUAUAUAUUGAAACAGCUGUAUUACAAUCUCACAACCUACCCCUCACUCAGGUGGGCGUGUCACCUCUCCACAACAUUCUUGUUAUUACCAUUGAUGCACUAAUAUUUAUAUGCUUUACCGUAUCAAGACUGUCCUCUUCAUGAAGCUGGCAUCAGAUCUGUUGCUCUUCAUUUCAUCAGGCGGCCUAUUCAUGAAGCUGGCUUAGCACUGAGAUUGUCAUAAAGUUAUUGUAGCGAUAAAAAUCUUAGCUAAGCCUUAUCCUCAUGUUGUCUUGGAGAUAAGAUAUCUUAAUUUAUGGCAAUAAGUAAACAGGGUAGGACCUGCAUGAAUCGUACAUCAACAUUUAUCUGCACUCAUAUAUUAUAUUGAUGCACACAUGAAUUUCAGUCCAGGAAAUCCCUGAAUGAUGUCAUUGGGAAAGCCCCAGGUUAUUUUACCUCCAUUGCAAGAGCUACUUUCUUACCUAAGAUUUGUGAGGUAAGUAAGGAAACCCUGCUGUAGGUUUAAGGCAGCUGCAAGAACAGCUCUAAUAGCAGUCGUAAUUUAUGUUUUAAGUUACUAAGUUUGUCUUAGCUAAGACAGCUUUGUGAAUAGGCCCUUCACAUGGACUAACAAUUUGAUCUUCCCUAUCUUUGGACAUGAACUCACUUUAAAAAUUAGCAGAGUGGAACCCAGUUCCAUGAGGCCUCUGUGGCAAGUUCCAGCUAGUCCUAGUUGAACCAAUUGAGCCAUGUGUUCACCUUAAUGUUCAACUUUAACAGAUCUCAUAAACCGCCUCUGUAAGCUGUGUAUGAAUGUAGGCUGCAAGCUUCUUCUAUACUGAAGCAAAAUAACAAGCUGAUUAUGACCAAAGUUCUCUGACUUUCCAUGGCAAAUUUGUGUCAUGAGGCGACUUAUUUCAGGCCAAUUAGACAUUGUAAACAUUUGACUUUUGUUUUUAAGCCAUUACUGAAAGACUUUGAUGAAUAAUAUAAAACAUUUAGAGAAACUUGCAAAAAUAAUGUUCAUUGUCUAUCAGUUUUGUUUGCAUACCCAUGCCGAUUGUCCAAUGAUUUUUGACAUGGCAUGUUUCUCACUUAAACACUAACCUCUCUUGUGUUGUCAUUGUGAUUUGUUUUAUAUGUGUUACUCAUAAGUCAGUGUGUUGGUUUACAAAUUCAAGUAUUUUUAUAAUCAUAUGUAUAUCUACUACUCAUGACUUCUCAAAUUUACAAAUGCAAAUAUUUCAUCUUUUAUACGCAUCUGUGAUUUCUUUCAGUAUUGCAUGCAGUUUUUGGCUGUGUAUCAUUAAGUGCAUAAUAGGAAAUGCAGUGUUACAUCCAAGCUAGAUAGGGAACUCAAUUUGAUUUUAAUGUGUUACUGAUAGUAGCCUAUAGCCUGUAGUUACCUAGUAUAAGCUAGUAUAAAACAUUGUGUAAAUCCAUUUCACUCACCCACUUGAGAAUUAAAAUUUUGAAAUAAAUUCCAGUUUACAAAACUAUUUAUUAAAUGGGGCAAAAUGAAUUUUCUUCUGUCCUUCAAGGACCAGAAUAUUUUUUAGGGGGAAAUCUGCCAGUUCCCUUCAGAAGGCCAGUGUCCGGUGACUGUUUUGUUGUUGUAGGGAAAUAGUACCUUCUCGGCCAGCACGUAACACUGCAUCUCUCCAGCUUCUCCGUCCCAUUGUUUUGGUAGAUGAGAGUGGAAUUCUACUUUUGUUACUGCAUGUUCAACAAUGUGUAUUGACUUUGUUUGUUAAUGUUAGUUUGUAGUCGCUAUUGUUAUAUAGGCAACUUGUGUGGUAUGAGACUUGGAUCUGCCAUUACCACACAUUGCCUCCAGAAUCAGCAAGAGUUCUAAGUUCAAAAGCUGCAGUAUGUGGUAAACAGGCCAGGCCAGUGGACACCUUGGAAACAGUUUUUGUGUGUAGUACUGAAAAACAGCUGCAAAUUAAGAGUCCUUUCCGAAUUUGGAUCGUAUCGAAGGUGUUCUUCAUCUCACAGUAUCACUCCAUGAGUAGGACCUCUGUUGUCUGAGAGCGAAUGGAGUAGGACAUCUGUUGUCUGAGAGGACUGUCAUCUCCACAUCGAGAUGCAUUGUAUCCAUUCACUGUGCCAAAAACAUUGUGGUCUGCUUGCCCAUAUUUGGCGUCAUUCUUUGGAGAUUAAGCGGAAAUAGACUAUUAUUUCCUGAACUUACUGAAAGAGUAGACCAUAAGGCACCUUGAGCAUGGCAGGUUUCUUGGAAGUGGUUAGCAUCUAGGAACUGCAUCACUUUUUGCUUUAUCUUAAAUACUGACACUCUGUGAUAGAUGACUGACCACAGGACGUUUUAGGGUAAUUCAUGCACAUUUAUGUGUCUGUCUCGAAGGAUGGUUUUCUUCAUGAAAAAAGCAUGAAUUUCUAUAGAAAGUCCCAUGGACUGGCAUUCUUUAAUCUACUUUUACCUGUUUACAGCAGGCUAACAUCUCACUCAUUGCCAGGCCAGUGACGAUCAGUCACGAUGUCAUGUUAUCAUUUGAAUGUGCAAGCUAUGUAUAGUGCGUAUGAGUGAAUGCAUAAUAAAAUGACGUAUUUACAUAAA